AUACACUUUGUUGUCAUCCUGAAGGAUGUUGAUAGACAUUUCACGUGUGAGCGCAAAAUACGUUUCAUUUCCUGUCAUGUUGCGCUUAGUGGAUCUUCGACGUCAUCAUCUCUUUUUUGUCACUCCCAACUACAAACUGCAAAGUUGCUCGACAAAGAACACACUCGUGUUGUAAAGCCCAUGCGUAGCUGGGUAGUAAGCCUUUUUUGACCGACGCAACAACGGGUAGAAAGAUGAGACUCUUAUCUUUGUUGUGUUUCUUCAGUUUUAUUUGGUUGGCAGACUGUGCACCACCGACAUGCUAUUCCCGAGUGCUUGGCUUGAGCAAGGAAAUAAUGGACCUUUUGGAAAAACUACACAAUUGUCAUCGCACGGUGAGCUAUUUCAAUUUCGUAAUUGAUUUGAUAAAAACAGUUAUUUUCUUAUGUAUCCAAAUGAUUUCUAAUUUAAACGUUUUAUGUUGUAGAAAACCUGCGUGGAGAUUCUGCCCAAGAUGUUUCUGGAUGUGCACGUAAGUUUAAACCAUGUAGUUUAUCUGAACAAAAUAUUGAUUCUCAGACGUCAUGUCAGUAUUGAAGAAAAGGUCGACAGCGUGAACCAGAAUCUGAUUUGAUGUCUCAUUGGGUUAUAUUGCAUUAACAGUAAUGAGUUGGUGAUGCACUAUACAUGUUUCAUGUAGAUUAGAAGAUGCAUGCAUUCCAUAAUGUGAUUGGAUGCGAUAUCAAAGCUUAAAAAUAUAACAUGCCAAUACAUUUUAAUUAAUAUAAAAGAAUUGUUGUAUACCAGUAUCUGAAACUGUUUUUGUGUAAUUUUAAAUCAAAAUAGUAUAAUAUUCAUUGAGCAAUAGGUUAUACAAUAUCAUUUUUAUUUCCCUGUAGAAUUCGUGCAUCACGACCAAGCUCCGUGACUUAAUCUAUGUUGUGGAGAACCUUCCUACGCAGUACUGCAGAGAGCGACCCAGGAUCCUGUUGUUGAAGCGCAAAGUUACCAACCUGUACACAAUCAUCAACAGAAUCUGUUAUCGGGUAUGUGUGUGCUCAGCUCUACAGAUUAAUUAACCGUGAUGUCUCUCAUAGUCAGAACAUAUAUAUAUAUUUUUAAAUGUCUGUCAUAGCCUAUUCUGUAUGUGGUGCAGGAAAUUACUAGCCUGUUUCCAGAUCUGUUCUGCCUUGCCAACUCUUAUAAGGACAAUGACAUGAGGUGACAAGAUGGCAUUUCUGGAACCAAGCUAGGGAAUUACAGCCCAGAGUUCAAUUCAGUAUAAAAGAUAACAUGUUUACUUCUGCUCAUUUAGUUUAUUGUCUGCCGAUGUUUCGUCAGCUUUGCUCAGCCUUUCACCCACAUUCUGCAGUUGGAGAUGUUGUGGAUGCCUAGGUCUGACUGUUUGACCUCCCCACAGGACCUAGUGUUUUUCACAGAUGACUGUGAGGCCAUUGAGACUGGACAGAGUACCCCUCGCUACGGAGAGGACAGACUCCAGCUGCUGGUGGAAGAGAAGAGUUGAACCCAUCCAGAGACAAACACACGCACACACAGCAUGCGCAAACAGAGCACGUAUCGCACACACACACACAAGUGAGAGGGUAUGUAAACCCUGUUUCACUCAAAAACACACACACACACAUACAUAACAUCACACACAACUCUAGU